AUGCGCCUCUACCUACUUCCCAUCUCGACGCGUCGGACUCUUAUCUACUGCCAGCGUCUUAAUGUUACAACCACAAGUGAGGUUUCUUUACUAGAUAAGACAACCACAAAGGCCAACAACCUCUGGACUAAUUGGGAGAAGAAGGAUUCGGGAUGGCAGAAAAAGGUGGUUGAGUUUGGGAACAAGGCGCUGAAGAGAAUACCAUUUGAGGAAUGGGGAUUGAAGUCGAUACCGCCAUUGUCUAAACGAAGGCAAGAGAAAGAAUUAGGUGGUCAAGAGAAGGUUGAGGUCUCAUUUCCCUCGACUUUCCUUCCACAGGAAGAGGUUACGGAGGUUUUGAGAAAACUUGGAACGGAGAGAAAACAACUUCAUAAGACGAGGUUAUGGGGUUCAAUUAUUGGGAUGCCUAUUGUUGCCCCAUUUGCGCUUGUUCCUAUUAUCCCCAAUCUGCCCUUCUUUUAUCUAUGCUUUCGUGCAUAUAGCCAUUGGAAGGCAUUGGCAGGGUCUAAACACAUUGAAUUUCUCUUGAAGGAGAAUCUCAUUGCAACAAAGCCAUCUAAGAUAUUAGACGAGUUAUAUGCAAGGAACAAGGUUCCAUUUUCCGAACCGAAAGAUAUGGCUCAUCCUAAACUAUCAAAUCCAAAUGUAUCGGAUGUUGAGACUAUGCUACUUCAUAGAUCGGAUGGGAAAGCAAUUGCGACGGCACUAAAUAUACCCGAAUUGCAAAUGGAGCUUGAUCGAGCUGUGUGGCAGGUAGAAAAUGAUCUAGCAGCUAAAAGAAAGCUGCGGGACGAAAGUGAACGACUGGAUCAAAUACAAGGAUUAGCACAAUCUAAUUUCACCUUUGGUUUUUUAAAUAUCGCGACGAUUGCGCUCGAUCAACGCGACUUAAAAAAAAUCAUGCCGCCACGACGAACCCGAGACGACGAUACUAUUGUUGUCAAGGGAGACGGUGACGAAGAGUGGGCAGCGCCAUCUUCACCAGAAUCCAUAGGAUCCGAUAUUGAUUUCGAACCUAGAGAAAAGAUGGCGAUUGAUAGUCCUCAAAACCUCGAGUCGCCCGAGCCAGAACAGGCCGAAGGAAGUUCGAUCGCGUCAGCCAGUUCAGCAUCUAAACAAGACACCACAACCAAACCAAAAUAUUUAAACCAAAUCUCGUUCAGAGAUCCAGGCUCGUCAACAAUGGAGGAAAGAUUACAAAUGAUGCCGGCAAAACGUCCUUUACCUUGGAGAGAGGGAGUUGAAGCUGGCUCUGAACUUGAAACUGGGGGCGAUUCACGUAGGAAGCAAAUUCGUUUUGGCUGUCUCCUUGCGACUCGAGGAAAUGAAGUUGAAAAUCCUUGCCAUUCCUGUGCUAAUGGUCGAGGCAAAUUCGAGUUGUGCAUUGCACUUCCUGGAUUCUUCAAGGGAGCAUGUGCUAGUUGUCAAUUGAGUGGCAGACCAAAUCGUUGCAGCAUUAAAACUAAUGAUGAAAUCGAACCUGAAGAAUUUAAACCAUCAGAUGGAAUUCGCUCCUCGCCGGUUAUCCAAGCAUCAGGCUCAAGUUCACGAAGAAAUACGAUUAAGGAGACAUCAGAUCAAUCUAAUUCAACGACUUACGCCCAGGAGGACAUGCCUUCUGGCCCACCAGCAAAGAGAGCCCGCGUCGAAGAGCCACAAAAGCCAGUUUCAACCGGCUGGCAAGAACCUCCUGUAGUAGAUACAGGUUUGGGAUCUGCAAAGUCGCGCGGAGGACGCCCACCCCGUUCAUCCCUAACUCAUGUUGCGAGCGCAUGGGCACAUGUCAACUCUCCACAUAUGGCUACGCGCAACUCCUCUACACCAGUCACUACUCGAAACGGUGGUUCGCGGAAGUCGGUUGGCCAAAAUUCUUUAGCUGAUAAGGAAUCAGCCGUUAAGGAGACAACCAGAAAACCAAGCAACACGCCAAGUACCAAUCCUCCCCAGUCAGCUCCGAGCAGACCAGCAUCCACGAGCUGGGCUUCUGUCAAUCAAACCCAGCAAGGAUCUCAACCUACUUUCCCAAACCUAGCGAAACCACCACAAGUCCCAAAACCACAACCUCAGCCAGCUAAACCAGAGCAGCAGCAAGCGAAACCACAGCAGCAUCAAGCUCAACCUCAACCUCAACCACAACCUCAACCACAACCACAACCACAACCACAACCACAACCUCAACCACAACCUCAACCUCAACCUCAACCUCAACCUCAACCACAACCACAACCACAACCACAGCAACACCAAGCUCAGCAACAGCAACAUCACGCUCAGCAGCAUCAAGCUCAGCAACAUCAAGCUCAACAACAGCAAUAUCAAGCACAAGCUCAACAGGGUCAAGCUCAACAAGCUCGUCCUCAACCACAAUUUCAAACCCAACAAUUUCAAACCCAACCUAAUACCGCACCUACUACCGCCUUCGGGAGCUUCGUAGAUCAACAAACUGUCAGGAUGAGCAACGGAACUAAUGGACCGAUCAUGACGCAGCCCGCAGCAAGAGCUAAACAGCUACCUCCAUAUCAACCAACCUUUGUUACAACCCCAACUGGAUUAUCCUUUGCCGCCGCUCCACUCAUUGAUACCUUGCCAAAGCGAAAGCAGCUACAGCUAAUGGGAAUUAUUAGUGGUCUUCAGGGAGGUAUUGACAAUAUUCAAAGGGAACUCAAUCAUUUGAAGAAGACACUUGGCGUGGAGGAUGAUGAUAAUUGA